UUCCUAAGAGGCACCGUUCGACCCACGCCCACCCACCUUCCUCUCGUUGCCUUUCUGUCUCCUUACCCCAAAACCCCUCUUUAUACCUACCUGUUUUUCCCUAUUUUGGAUCCCACCAAGAAACGUCUCAACAGAAACCCACCCGACAAAAACAGGGGCGCAAUAUGUUGGCACAGGCGCCUUCUUCCUCUUUCCCUGAAUGUCUGGAGAGUCAGUGUAACAAGCAGAAUAUUGAUCUGAGAAGGAAAGGAAGGAUGCGUCGUUGGCUUUGUUGUACUUGUCACGUGGAGGAAACUUAUCAAUCAAAUGAAACUGAGCUCCUGAAAAGCCCGAGGAAUCAUACCGAUGGUAACCAUAAAAGCUCAAAGGUGUCUGCUCCAUCCAAGACUGAAGUGCAAAAAGCACCACCACCUAUUGAGGUUCCUGCAUUAUCUUUGGAUGAUCUAAAAGAAAAGACUGACAAUUUUGGAUCAAAAUCUUUGAUUGGUGAAGGAUCGUAUGGUAGAGUAUAUUAUGCAACUUUAAACAGUGGACAAACUGUGGCUGUAAAGAAACUUGAUGUUUCAUCUGAGCCUGAAUCCAAUGUUGAUUUUCUGACACAGGUUUCAAUGGUGUCAAGACUGAAGCAUGACAAUCUCAUUGAGUUACUGGGUUACUGUGUGGAAGGGAAUCAACGUGUUUUAGCGUAUGAGUUUGCAACCAUGGGUUCUUUACAUGACAUUCUGCAUGGUAGAAAAGGAGUUCAAGGUGCACAGCCAGGUCCAGUGCUUGAUUGGAUGCAGCGAGUUAGAAUUGCUGUUGGUGCAGCUAGGGGACUAGAGUAUUUACAUGAGAAAGUUCAACCCUCUAUUAUACACCGGGAUAUCAGAUCAAGCAAUGUGCUCCUAUUUGAAGACUUCAAGGCCAAAAUUGCUGACUUUAACCUUUCAAAUCAGGCUCCUGAUAUGGCUGCUCGUCUUCAUUCUACUCGAGUUUUGGGGACCUUUGGUUAUCAUGCACCAGAAUAUGCAAUGACGGGUCAGUUGACACAGAAGAGUGAUGUAUAUAGCUUUGGUGUCGUCCUUCUGGAACUUCUUACUGGUAGAAAACCUGUUGAUCAUACAAUGCCUCGUGGGCAGCAAUCUCUUGUCACCUGGGCAACUCCAAGAUUAAGUGAGGACAAGGUUAAACAAUGUGUGGAUCCAAAGUUAAAGGGUGAAUAUCCUCCAAAAGGGGUUGCUAAGCUUGCUGCUGUGGCAGCCUUGUGUGUGCAGUAUGAGGCAGAGUUCCGACCAAACAUGAGUAUAGUCGUCAAGGCUCUCCAGCCACUUCUCACACAAAAGUCUCCUGCACCAGCACCAGCACCAGCACCAGCACCUGAGAAUUAAGAUUCAGUGAAGCUGGCCACGGGUUGUUUUCUAUUGCGCAUGUGGAAAUUCUGCGUCUUGUGUCAUUGUGUAGUGUGGUUUCGUUAUUCUCGGGCCUAUUAGCCAAGGUUGCCUUUAUAUGUAUUACUAAUACUAUUAUUUUAUUUAUUUGCUCGAAGAUGAAUGGGUAAGAUCGGGUGGGUUCUUGCAGAUUGCCAAUAUGUUUGGUUGCCAGCCUGUAUGGGAGGGUUGUCAAUAUUCUUCUUUCUGUUUUUCUCUGCUUUAUGUGAUUGGUUCGUCACGAUUGAUGAC